AUGUCAUCAAUGCCAAAAACAAUUACUGGAGCAAAUAUUUUAUGCUACUCAGAGUACUCUGAGACAAAGAAUAUUAUUGACUUCGGAGGAAUUACAAAUAAAUUAUGUUAUGAUGGAUUUUCCAGAUUUGCUUCGAAGUCAAUUGAAACUCGCCUAACAAACGUAUCACAAUUGAUUCCAAGACUCCUUAAUAGUCAUGUGUUCUAUUUCAUUGCUUUUACUUUGUUAUCUGGCCAAACUUUAAUUAUUAAAACAGAAGAAUUCGCAUCUACCAAGUCCUUUGCCGAAAAACUUACUAUUUUAUGUCCAUUCUACAAACCUUCUCACAUGAAAAUUACAAAUUCGAUAAAUGUUGUAGAUUCCCAACAGUAUUCAAUAGUUAUUACCAAAGAUGUAGUUGGAGAUGUGAAGAAGGUUGUGUCUUUACUAGAUCUCAUCACUGGAUAUUACAACGGAGAUGGUUGUCCGUCGAGUUCCUUUGUAAACAAUGUUUUGAUCGAUAAGGAUAAGCAGAACCUGAGUGAAAACACCUUUAUGCUCCAUAUAUUGACCAAACUUAAGGAAAUUUCCUCAAAAUUUAUGUUUUUUAUGAGGAAAUUUGUAAAUUAUUCACAAACACCCGAUGAAUUACUAAAUGCUGUGCAGAGUCUUGGGAUUUCUAAAGAUGAUGUACCUAUUUUGAAGUAUUGGAUUUGUUGUUAUUAUAAUAAGUCAAAUCUCAAACCAAUUCUUAGAGCAAAUCACUCAAAAUCAGGUCUCACUAUGACUCCAUUUUAG